AUGAACAAUCAUCAUCAACAACAAGGCUUGUUGUCAUUAUCGUCGUCCUCUUCUUAUUCAUUCAAUGCAAGUGGAAGCAAUGGAACUCAUCAUUCUUUAGCGCCCUCUCAAUAUAGUUCAACUCCAAGCAACAACUCCGGAAAUAAUGCUGCAUCACAGCCAGUUCUUUCAUUGCUACGGAAAUUGAUUCAAAUUAACAUCCCCAAGAGUCGGAAUCAAUCUAACGAUGAUUAUGAACGAUAUGUAAACAAACAAUUGAGGUUUUUAAUUUCCUUGUUGUCUAGCCGAAUUUCACCAACACUAAUACAAACACAAGAUCAAAUUUUGCUAACUGAAACAAUUAAAAAGAGAUUGAUGAGAGAAAACAAAUCGGACUUGGUAUUUCAAUUUUCACAGCUCUUUCACAGACUCAAUACUAAAACUGUUAUCCAACACAAAUUCAAUCUUGUAUAUUUAUUGAACUCUUUGGGAGCUCAUAACUCUGCUAACGAUCAUUCAUCUUCAUCAAUACCUAUGUCCCUUAAUGCGUCGUUUCAGGACAAUCUUUUCAAAUUGAAUAGUACACAUAGCUCAGAAAAGCAAGUUCAACAAGACCUGCUAAUUCACUCUAACAUGGAAUCAAAGCAAAAACAGAAUAACAGCUUUCAGCAAUACAAACAGGCAGCUUCAGAACAAGAAAAUACACGUUUUGAGGUUGCUGAAUCUACUCUAGUAAGAGACAUUGUUUAUACUUUCCAAGGAAUUGACGGCAGAUAUAUUAAAUAUGAUUUAGCAUCAGAGAGAUUUAUUGUGGAUCCUAAAAUUGGAAUUCCAAAAUCCACUAGACUGUUGAUGAGCAAAUUGUCAGAGCUUGGAUGGCUGUACAAAAAAGUGAAAAGUUUUGUUGAUGCCGGUACUUUAAACAAAUCAUCAAAUGGUCUUGUGAUGCAAAGUUUAUGCUCGGCGAUAGAUAAAGAACUUGUGGACUAUUACAAAACAAUAUCUUCGUUGGAAACACAGAUGGAGAGCCAAGAAAACACAAGUACUCCAGUCACAUUUAGAAGAUUAGCCAUUUGGGCUAUUGAGCCAACUGAAAUUUUGAAAAAUUUAGCCAUUCUUACAGACUCGUGUAAAUUGAAACGAGGAGGUAUUCUCAUUUCUACCAUUUACAAAUAUAUUCGGCAUGGGGAUCCUCUGAUACAUCAACUUUUCUCUCGAAUAUUAGAAUCCACAUCCUCUCCGAUAUUUAAAAUGAUCAACAAUUGGGUUAUUGAUGGCGAAUUAGAAGAUCCAUAUGGUGAAUUUUUCGUUAAAUCUAAUCCUGAGGUGAAUAUUGACAAGUUAUGGAGUAGAAAAUACAUCAUUGAACCAGAAAUGGUGCCUUUGUUCAUUGAGCAAGAACUAGCAUAUAAGAUCUUGAGAACGGGAAAGAGUAUUAAUUUCAUUAGGCAAUGUUGCAAGGAUGCUGAAUGGGUUAUGGAUUCCCACACCAUAUCUACCACUGAAGGCUUAGGAUUCUAUAACAUUUCAAAACUCGAGAACGUUGUUGAAAAUGUUGCCAAGGUUGCAAACAGGAGAGUAAUGGAGCUAGUGUUCAACCAAUACAAAUUUAUGAUGCACUGUACAGCAAUCAAGCAAUAUCUAUUGCUUGGACAAGGAGAUUUUAUCCAACACUUGAUAGAACUCUUAAAUGAGGACCUUAACAAACCUAGUCAUGCUAUUUUCAAACACAAUCUUCUUGGUCUUUUGGAGAGCGCCAUCAGAGGUUCCAAUGCUCAAUACGACGACCAAGAUGUCUUAAAUAGACUCGAUGUACGUUUAAUGCAACCUAAGGAUUCCUCUCCUGCCGAUAAUGGGUGGGACAUAUUUUGUCUCGAUUAUAAGAUCACUGUUCCUCUCGACACCAUUUUUUCCAAAGAAGUUAUCAAUGUAUAUCUAAGGAUAUUCAAAUUCUUAUGGAACAUUAAGAGAGUAGAGUUGUCACUUAACGAGAAUUGGAAGAAAGUGGUUAAUUUAAUGCGAUCAAUACCAGCUCGAAAGCAUGUGUUCAUCAUUACACAACUCAGGAACGCUCUCAAUUUCUCAAUACUUUUACGUCAUGAUAUGAGUAGAUUUUUGGGAAGCUUGCAAUUUUAUUUAAUGUUUGACGUGUUGGAAUCUGCAUGGGAUCAAUUUCUUACCGAUAUCAAAAAGCUGCGCGAAAGCGAUGGUGAUUUAGACCAACUUCUUGCUGCACAUUACAAAUACCUUAGCAAAAUUGUGGACCAAUCAUUCCUCAGCAAAUCACAGCAAAAUACUCGAUUACAGGUUGAACAAACGUUAAUUACUAUGAAUAAGUUUGUUGGAUUGCAAAGUAUUCUAUGCUCUAUUGCAAGCAAUAUUCUUUGUGAAGUUGAAAAUUAUAUGAUGGAAGAGGAGGAUGAUCCAACUCGUGACUUUCUCUCUGAUGACAAGAAGGAACAAUUGAAUAGUUUGCAACAAUGUCAUUCACAGCUACACCUUGUAAAAUCAUCAUUUGAUACUCUUUCUGCGGCCAUUAAUCUCAAAACUGAAAAUUAA